GUGACACUCUGGCAUACACGUGGAUCUGUAUUUGGAGGUGUGUGCAGGUUUAUGAAUUUAGAAAGGCAACAUCCCCUAAAUUGUUUAACCUGACGUCAAGGGCUCUAGCUGCAACCCCUGGAAGGGUAGGGAGCCAAUCAGGCACUAAAUUCCUACAAGAGAAUUCUAGGAAACUUCCGGUAUACCUAUUGGUCCCCAACGAAUUCCCAGUAAGGUAAAAAAUGGCAAGUCGGUUCUUCCAAAAUUCACCGGUCAUUUACCCUCUUUAACCUCUCCCCCCACCGCCGCCGCCAGACCAUCGGCUACAUCGGCCAUUUUGCGCCGCCAUCUUGCCCUCCGUAACCACAGCAAAGUUGUCUACUCACCCGACCGGAAUCGGUACUUAGACGCUCCCAAAACGUGCGUUCCAAGUUCCCAAAAAUCCCCGAAAAUCCUAAAGCCCGGGCGUAUUAAAGUUGUAGAAUAAAUAAAAUUCCCCGGGGUGCACCGUGUACGGUUUAAUUCUCAAUCGCUUAACAUUCCCGAUAAUAUUCCACCCCGUCAUAUUAGCGUGAUUGUCCAGACGCCUGUACUGCGCCGACUCCUCGCUUCGCACUUCGUUUCGUGUCCAUACUCGCCUCAAUGCUCAUUUCUCAGUGAAAAUUCACAUUUUUCCGGCGAUUUUUCGCCCAAAGAAAGUACGAAAAAGUGGCCAAGUGACGACAAAUACGUGAAAUCAAGUGUACUUACUUCGAAUAUAAAAGAUAACCCUGAAAAUAACCCCUGAGGCAUCGGCGUCGCAGCUCAGGAGGUACUCGAGUAAUACAAAAAGAACAAUUUUCACCGAAAAAUCGUUUCUAAAACAACUGCAGUAAUACCUCCAGAAAGCUAUAAUUUUUUUAAACACCGAUAAUUGUAACGUUGUUUGAUGUUUUAUUAAAAAAUGAGUGAUUACUCAGCGGUAGCUCCGCCACAAAAUUUCAGCCAGAGCUCGGCUUUUGCCGCGGCUCUACAGCGUGCCAAACAGAUUGCAGCUAAGAUAAAUCCAGGAGGCACACAGGGUACCGAAGGAAAACUUAAACGAUCACUUGAGGAUGGUCCAGGUAUGGUUCAUGAUGUAGAACCUGAGGCCAAGAAAUUAGCACCCGAUCCUCUAAUGAACCUUCGUGCGCCAUCGAUGGGAGAUCCAAGCAGUGGACGAUCAAGCUCCCUAGCUUCGUCGCCGCCUCACGGAGUCAGUGGUAUGGGUGGUAUCUGCAAUGAAGAUAUUCGAGUCCCUGAUAAAAUGGUUGGAUUGAUAAUUGGAAGAGGUGGCGAACAAAUAACGAGAUUGCAAAGUGAAACAGGAUGUAAAAUACAAAUGGCGCCCGAAAGUGGCGGUCUACCGGACCGUGUUUGCACUCUAACUGGUUCACGAGAGGCUGUCAAUAGGGCGAAGGAUCUCGUGCUUUCCAUUGUCAAUCAGAGGUGCAGGGCUGAGGGCGUUGGAGACAUGAAUAUUGGAGGAAACUCUAGUAGUAACUCGGGAAGCGGUGGUGGUGGUGGAGGUGGCGGUGGAGGUGGCGGUUCCAUGAUGAGUGGGCAUCCGGGAUCGGUGGAGAUCAUGAUUCCAGGCCCAAAGGUUGGAUUGAUCAUUGGAAAGGGUGGUGAAACUAUUAAGCAACUACAGGAAAAGUCUGGAGCCAAGAUGGUGGUUAUUCAGGAUGGACCUUCCCAGGAACAGGAGAAACCUUUAAGAAUAACCGGGGAUCCUCCAAAAGUCGAAUAUGCUAAGCAACUAGUGUACGAGCUGAUAGCUGAGAAGGAGAUGCAAAUGUUCCGAGGCCCCAGAGGUGGUGGUCCUCCAGGUUCCAACGAUCGUUCCGGAAGUUUCUCCAGUGACAAUGGUUACAGCCAUCCGUCAUCGAACUCCGAUGGAGUUGAGGUUCUGGUUCCUCGUGCAGCCGUAGGUGUUGUGAUUGGAAAGGGUGGAGAUAUGAUCAAAAAAAUACAGUCCGAGACAGGGGCACGAGUACAAUUUCAGCAAGGUCGUGAAGAUGGCCCUGGUGACAGGAAGUGCCUGCUCUCUGGUAAGCCUCAGGCAGUUGAACAAGCUCGCCAGAGGAUUCAGGAGCUCAUCGACAGUGUAAAUAGGAGAGACGAUAGGAAUCCACAGGGACCUAGGGGACCCAGAGGCAAUGGUUUUGGCAGUGGACGGCCUAAUGAAUAUGGAGGAUGGGACAGACGUCAAGGGGGUGGAGGCCCUCCUGGUGCUGGAGGUGGCCCCAUGGGGGAUAAAAUCGAAACCACGUACUCCGUUCCCUCCACCAAGUGUGGCAUUAUCAUUGGAAAAGGUGGUGAAACGAUAAAGCAGAUAAACCAACAGACAGGUGCCCACUGUGAAUUGGAUCGUAGAAAUCAAGGAAGUGAAAAUGAUAAAAUAUUCAUAAUUCGUGGUGCCCCGGAGCAAGUGGAGCACGCGAAGAGAAUAUUCAGUGAAAAAUUGGGAAUGGGCCCUGGUGGUACACCUUACGGUGGUGGGCAGGGUGCAAUUGGCUACAACCCAAGCUGGAAUGCAGGAGGUAGUUAUCAGACGUGGCCAGGGGCUGGCCAACAGCCGAACGAGGCCAACACUCCUGUGCAACCGGUUCAAGUUAAUCCACAGACAGGACAGCCUGACUACAGUGCUCAAUGGGCUGAGUAUUAUCGUUCACUGGGUAUGCACAGAGAGGCGGAGAUGAUUGAACAGCAAUCGAAGCAGGCUAAACCUGAUCAGCAACAGCCAGCACCCCCUGGGGCGCAGGCUGGUGGUGCUGGACAGCCACAGCAACAGGUGCAGGCUAAUCCACAGCAGCAGGCUAAUGCUGCACAAAAUGGUGGACAGCAGCAAGCAGAUUACAGUGCACAGUGGGCCGAGUACUACAGGAGCCUGGGAAAGGUCAAGGAGGCUGAGGUCAUUGAGGCUCAAAUGAAGGCUGGAAAGUUGGGUGCAGCAGCCAAUCAAAUGGCGCAGCCCCAGAUGCAACAACAGCAGGCAAUACCAGCUCAACCAGCGAAUCCCCAAUCAGGUGCACCCAAUGCAUUUCCCCACGCCUAUGGAGCCUAUCCAGGACUAAAUGCCGGCUCAACACCUGCUGCCUACUACCCUGGUGGCGGUGGUGCAGCUGCACCACAGCAACAGCCUGGCCAGCAGAAUCCAGCGUUCGCUGGUGGAUACCAAAACUAUCCAUACUCACAACCCAACUCCGACAACUAAUGUCUCCACCUGAUUUAUCAGUCACCAUUAAUAUGACGGAUGCUGCGACACACGUGUUAUGCGGAUGAGGUAAUUCGAGGGAUGGAUUUCAUUUUUGUAAAUAUCUUUUUUCUGGAACCAUUGCAUACCCUUUCUUCGGCUUUUUCUACUCGAGGAAUAAAUUUUUUUUAUUGUAAAAUGGAUUUUGGAUAUUUUUGAAUAGGAAUUUCCCACUGCAAUUCGGAAUUUUUCAUUGGUUUAAGUAUUGAAUGACCCUUUUUAUUGCCGAUUCCAAACAGAUUGGACUUUAGGAUCUUUUGAUCAUCGAAAAUUAUGGGUUAAUCAAACAUGCAAGAACUUGCAAAACUCAAAAAAUGAGCUUCCAAUUUCGCAAUUAUCGUUAUAAUAAGUAGAUUUAUAAAAAAAAAUACGUCGAAAUCUUUUUUGUACAAAAAUCAAUUCCCCACCAAAUUGUCCUCUGAAACCACUCACAACAGAGAUAAUCAAACAUUGAGAAACUGACACUGAAAACAAUGAGAUUCAAGUACUCAAUACACUUUAUUAACAUCAACCAACAAGAGAGAAAAACGAUAAAUAAAACAAAAAUUCAUACUGUUACUAUCACAUUAUCGGGACUCUUACGAGACAAUCACACAUACCAAAAUCACCAAACACUUGACUCUAGACAUUUUACAUAGCAAAUGUAUAUGUUUUAUCGAGAAUUAUAAUCAGCAUACGUAAAACACAAUAAAUCAAUUUUUCAUAAACGAUUUAUAAUUAA